GAAAAAAUUCUUAAAACUCAAAAUUUUCUUUUUCAAUCCAAUGACUACACCUAGAUCUCCGUAUGUACAAUACCUUACUUCAAUCUCACGUUUAGGAUAAAGCAAUACCUUGCUUCGAUUUCACGUUUGGGAAAAAAAAAGAGACCUACUUUACUUUCAAAUACCCAAUAAUAAAGUAAGCCGAUUCGCCGCCGUCCCGGAAUUCUUGCGCCGCAGCUGGUGAAGACUUGUUGAUGAUUGGCGAAUCCUGAGAGAAAUAUGGCCGAGACGAUGAGGAGAAGCGAGGUAGGCAGCAGCAGCUGUAGCCGGGGAGAGACGGUGGUCGUGGAUAAUGGCCGGUGUAGAAGUUCUUGCGGUUACUGCAAAUCUCCCGGCCACACCAGCAUUUCCCAUGGUUUAUCGGCGCACAGCAUUACAGUUGAUGACUAUCAAGAUCUUCUUGACCAGGGUUGGAGAAGAUCUGGAUGUUUCCUGUACAAACCUGAGAUGGAAAGAACAUGCUGCCCAUCUUAUACUAUCCGCAUGAGGGCAAUUGAGUUUGUUCCCUCAAAAGAGCAACAACGCGUUUUUAGAAGAGUACAAAGGUUCUUAGAUGGAAUGUUUGAUGUGAAAAACUCAGUAGAGGCAAUAGAUGAUCCAACUACCUCUAACAACGAAUGCACGUGUGCCUGUCAUGAAGCUUCAAGCAGUGGAAUGAAAGAUUCACUCUCUGAUCAAAGUGAGGAGAGAAAAAGUUCAGAGCAGACUAUCAGCUAUUUGGCUGUGCAACUUGACAAGGCAGUGAGUAAGUGCACUGAACUCGGGGAACUUCCUUCUGCCAUCAAACUACCUACCGUGUCUGUCAAAAAGGUAUUCCAGGGGAAAUGGAAAUUACAUGUUGAAGUGGGAAAAUAUCUAUUGUACUCUAGCAAUAUUGCAUUCCAGAUAGCAGCUAUUCUCAAUCGAGCUAAGUCAGCUAACAAGCAACCAAGACCUAAUCAUGAAGAUGAUAAUGCCAUAACCUCCAAGGCAACUGCAGAAAGGCUGGUUGCAUCUGUUGAUCAGCUGGCUCAAAGCAGCAGCAGCCUGGUAGUCAGGGCCUGCAAUGGCCUUAUAAAUUUUUAUGGUGCUGCAACUCAGUCUCCUUCUGAGAGCAGUGAAACUCUCAGUGGGCCUGAAGAAUCUGGAAGAGGUUGUAAAAUAAAAGGUUGCUGUUCAAGGAAGAGUAGCGAACAUUUGCUUGGUAAAAGGAGGAGGCUUGAGGUUCGGUUGAAAAGGUCUAGUUUUGAUCCUGAAGAGUUUGAUUUGUAUAGACGGUAUCAGCUAAAUGUGCAUAAUGAUGAUCCUUAUAAUAUCACAGAAGGCUCAUACAAAAUGUUUCUGGCGACUCUCCUCUAGUCUUUGUUCCAUCGUCUGGUGACAGCGGGGUUACUCCUUGUGGGUUUGGUUCUUUCCAUCAGCAAUAUGUAAUUGAUGGUCACCUAAUUGCUGUUGGAGUGAUAGACCUCUUGCCAAAAUGUUUGUCAAGUACAUAUUUGUUCUGGGAUCCGGACUAUGCUUUCCUGUCUUUAGGCAAUUAUUCAGCCUUGCAAGAGAUAAAUUGGAUGAAAGAGAAUCAAGUACAUUGCGCUAGUCUUCAGCACUAUUAUCUUGGCUACUAUAUACACUCCUGCAGUAAGAUGAGAUACAAAGCUGCAUAUCGACCAUCCGAACUGCUCUGUCCUCUUCGUUACCAAUGGGUUCCAUUUGAUGUGGCAAGGCCUUUACUUGACAAAAAUCCAUAUGUUGAGUCCUUGCUGCCUCAUGUUCCUGAAAAAAUAAUGGACGAGCCGCAACAUGACAAUAAUAUGCACGGGGACUUGAAUGAUAAUCAUGUAGACGACAACAAAGAAAUGGUCGAACCUGAAUCCGACACCUCUGAUGAUGAGUCAGGUCCUGAAACCAGUGGGCAUGGAUCAGUUGAAAUAGAGGAUGGUGAUGUUAGUGAGAUUUUAAUUGGAUUGAAUGGUGCUCGUGUGAGGUACCAGGUAACUUCCAGGCUUGUGUCAUCCACUGAUUUUUUUCCCGGAAUUUCUUCCUGUAGCUGUUCUGUAUAGCGAUAUAAGUUGCAGAAUGAAUCAUAGGUAGACAUUAUGAGUACAGAGAAAGUAGUGUAUCUUAGUUGAAAGAAACCUAGUUCGACAGCGAAAUUUCGUUCUAGUACACGAGUCGUGGGCCUGCGCACACACAAGCAUACAAAUGUUACACAAUUGACAUGUCGACACUAACUCUACUAGUUACUUUUCUUUGAAGGAUCUGAGAGCAUCUCUUGAGGCAGAAGAAAGGAAAUAUUUGGAGUCCCAGCUGCGCAGAUACAAGAGGGCUGUCGGCGCAGAGCUGUCGAAGAGAAUAGUAUUUACACUUGAGUGAUGCCCCCCCCACUGCCAGGCUCCAAUGAUCUCUCCCCCUCGAAACCGAGUCGCUGAAAGAACCCUGUGCACUUGAUCAUGUCUCUGGUUUUCUUUCAUGUAGGCGAAAAUAUCGUCGGUGAUGGCUGAUCUCUUAGUUCCCUCAAGCAAGGUUCAUGUGGUUGGGUAGAAUGUAGAUGGCGACGAUGUCAAUUCGAUCGGUGUGUCUGCUGCUGCUGGCUCUUGGGUGCUCACUGGAGAUGAAUGCACUUUCCUGUUUCAAAUCACAGGGACCCGAAUCUCCUUUCUUCCACAGUCGCAGUUUUCUUGCUCUGCAUCUGUGCACUAAGCUGAGCAUGGGAACAUGUUUUUGAUAAAUAGAAGAGA